GGCGGAAGCGGGUGGACCCUGCGGCCACGGGAGGCUGAAGUUGGUAUUGUGGGGACUUGCGCGGUGGAACCCGCGGUUGGCUUAACGGACUCUGCCCACUUCUACCCACUUCCUCAUCACCCUGUGCCAGGACGCCAUGAAAGAUUCAUUGGUGCUGUUAGGCCGUGUCCCGGCGCACCCGGACUCUCGUUGCUGGUACCUUGCCUGGAACCCAGCAGGAACCCUGCUGGCCUCGUGCGGGGGCGACCGUAGAGUCCGCAUUUGGGGCACAGAGGGUGACAGCUGGAUCUGCAAAUCCAUCCUUUCAGAUGGCCACCAGCGUACAGUGCGGAAGGUAGCCUGGUCCCCCUGUGGGAAUUACCUGGCUUCUGCCAGCUUUGAUGCUACCACUUGUAUUUGGAAAAAGAGCCAGGAUGAUUUUGAGUGUGUAACUACUCUUGAAGGCCAUGAAAAUGAGGUCAAGUCAGUUGCCUGGGCCCCAUCUGGAAACCUUCUGGCUACCUGCAGCCGAGAUAAAAGUGUAUGGGUCUGGGAAGUUGAUGAAGAGGAUGAGUAUGAAUGUGUCAGUGUUCUCAACUCCCAUACACAAGAUGUCAAGCAUGUGGUUUGGCACCCAAGCCAGGAGCUUUUGGCCUCUGCCAGCUACGAUGACACCGUGAAGCUGUACCGGGAGGAAGAAGAUGACUGGGUUUGCUGUGCCACGCUUGAGGGCCAUGAAUCCACUGUGUGGAGCUUGGCCUUUGACCCCAGUGGUCAGCGCCUGGCGUCUUGUAGUGAUGACCGUACCGUGCGCAUCUGGCGCCAGUAUCCACCAGGAAAUGAGCAAGGGGUGGCAUGCAGCGGCUCUGACCCCAGCUGGAAAUGUAUCUGCACUUUGUCGGGCUUUCACUCCAGGACCAUUUACGAUGUUGCUUGGUGUCAGCUGACAGGGGCCCUGGCUACCGCUUGUGGAGAUGAUGCCAUCCGAGUGUUUGAGGAGGACCCUGGCUCCAAUCCACAGCAGCCCACCUUUUCUCUGACAGCCCACUUGCCUCAGGCCCAUUCCCAGGAUGUCAACUGUGUGGCCUGGAACCCCAAGGAGUUAGGGCUUCUGGCCUCCUGCAGUGAUGAUGGGGAGGUGGCCUUCUGGAAAUACCAACAACCUGAAGGCCUCUGAGCCAUCUCUACAACGGACAGAAUCAUGGCUUCCCAGAAAUUAUCACAUGACCUUUCCAGCCUCUGGGAAGCUUUGGAGGACCAUCUUUACCCUUGAUAUAACUUAGUCUGUUCCAUUCAGACUUGGUAGAAGUGUGGAAGUAGAUAUCCAUUCACAUUUCCCUGUCUGUGAGGUGGGACCCUCAGUAAAGAGCCACAGAA